AGUAACAGUGCAAAUUGCUCAUUUCUGCCGAGUGGCCAAGUGAAUUCUGCCAUUUAUGCGAGCAAAUUUGAAAGUCAUCAUACACGUCCACGCAUACAUGCGUGUUUUUCUACAAUGACAUCGGUUCAAGGGGAGAACCGCAUCGGUAUAUAUUAGUAGUGCUUUAUUAGAUUAAGCCUAGGAAGGGCACACGCGUCAAAGUGCAAAAUCAUUAUGAGUAGGGAAGUUUCACAAGUUGAACAAUCUGUGUACAAAGAUUAUCAAAGCAUGGCACGGCUUUUAUCAGUAUAAAACGACAUUAUCGGGAGAAAACAAAACAUUCCUCACAAUCUCGUGCAUGCUUUCGGAUUUCUGAUUGAAGUGGACCGUCAGCCUUUUGAGCAGAAACACUUGCACCCUGGUUAUAUCUUAUCAUCUUACAGUAAUUAGGACUGGAGAGAUUCAUUUUUAAAAAUUCUCACGUUGUAAGAUGGCAAAGUUCGACCGUUCAGUAUUUUUGACAACCAAAGAGAAAACCUUCGGAAGAGAUGACACACUUCCUAAGUUACCAGUGCCUGAGUUAGGAAAAACGAUUAAAAAGUACCUGGAAUCAGUGCGACCUCACGUUGACGAUGCUGCUUUUAAAAAAACUGAAGCGAUUGCCAAACAGUUUGAAAAUGGAGUUGGCAAAUCCCUUCACGAAAAACUCUUGGAGAGAGCAAAGACGGAGAAUAAUUGGGUCAGCAAAUAUUGGGAUCAGUACGCGUACCUUGUGCUCAGGGAACCUUUAAUACCUUACUACAGUAUGGGUGGCUCAUGGGACCGAAAUUCCUUGCCCUGGCCCAAAAAUUCCACCAUGAUCCAGCAAGCCUCUCUGUACGCCUAUUUCCUGCUGGAGCACUGGCAGUUGCUGCGAGACCAGCGGCUGGCGCCUCACAAAGCCGUGGAUGGGCGACCGUUCACGAUGCUCAACUUCCGCAACCUGUACAACACAAGCCGUGAAGCUGGAGUCCACGUUGACGCCAUCCGCAGCCACUUCAGGCCAGAUGAGUCGUGCCCUUCGCACAUGAUCAUUAUGUGCAGGGGCCGCUUCUUCGUGAUUGACGCCCUAAGCGGUCACUCAGGUCUGCUCACGGCACCUGAGCUGGAGGUGCAGUUUGAGCGCGUCCUUGAAGCGAGCACCAGCGAUGGUGACGGCGUUGCUGUCCUCACCGCUGACAACAGAACUCAGUGGGCGAAGAAUAAAAAUUGGCUUGUGCAGAUAAGCGUGAACAAUCGGAAGAUAAUAGAGCUGAUCGAGUCUGCCAUCACGGUUUUUGUGUUGGAGACUGAAGGUGCUCCUGACGAGGAAGGAUGUCUUCGAUACUCGCUGGGUGGAAACCUGGCCAACCACUGGGUGGACAAAAGCAUCGCCAUCACUACCUUUCCGAACGGCUCUGUUUCCUCACUGUGCGAUCAUGCAGCUUAUGAUGGUAUGGUGAGCAUUUCCGCGUUCAUCUACGUGCAGCACGGAAUUGGGGAAAUGAACGGCAAAUGGAGUGGAGAGCGCAGGGUACUGGAGAGUCUGAGACCGCCUCAGGAAUUGGUCUUUGACGUUGAUUCCAUUAUCAAGGGCGAAAUCGCUCGCUUGCUCAAGGAGGCUGAGGCUGUUACCAAACCUGUCACAGCCACAAGAAAGGCUUUCACCGGCUACGGAAAGAGAUUCGUUCAGAGCCAAAAACUCCACCCAGAUGCGUGGGUACAGUUAGCGCUGCAGCUUGCCUUUUACAGACUUCAUGGCAGAUUUGCUCCUAUGUAUGAAACUGCAACUACAAGACAGUACCGGGAAGGAAGAACUGAAACAGUGCGAUCGUGCAGCCUAGAAGCAGCAGCUUGGAUGAAAGAAAUGACCAAUGCGAAUGCAGACGUUAAGAAGUGCAGAGAACUGUUGGCAAAAGCGGCCUUGAAACACAAUGCCAUGAUGAAGGAGUCUCGUGAUGGCUUUGGCUGUGAUAGACACUUGUUUGGCCUCCAGUGCCUUGCCUAUGAAAACGGCAUCGCACCACCAGAGAUAUUCACAGAUCCCUCUUGGGCUCUCAGUGGUGGCAACGGCAAUUUCUACCUUUCGACAAGUCUACUGGGCUACCAAGAGAACGGAGGUUGCGUGGCUCCGAUGUGCUUGCACGGCUACGGCUGCUUUUACAACAUCAUGCCUGACCAAAUUUUGAUUGGCAUCAGUGCUUGGAAAACAAGCAACGAAACCAGCUCUGAGAAGCUCUUUGCGGCCUUUACGACUGCUUUGCAGCAAAUGCAGUCAGUUAUCGUCACUGGUGCUUCGAAAAUGUGAUUUUUAGAAGUUCAUCAUUUGCUUAGUUUUUUAAUGCCACAGUUAUAUUUUGUUGUUAUUCUUUAAUUAAAUCGUUUCCUUUU